GGGGCUUGUCGCGGAAGACUGUAGACACGGCUUGGUUCCCAAUACACGAACAUCUCUGUGUGCUGAACACACGCAGCUUUGAUUACCAUCAUGUUUUGGGCGUUGGGUCUAUCCCUUUGUGUGGUACUUGUGGCUGGCAACGCGCUAAAUUGCACAAAGUGUGUUGCGGAAGACUGGGCCGCUUGCAGUGGCAUUGCAAACGCAUGUCCGGCUGGGCAGAAAUGCGUGGCAGCAGCGUCUGAAUUAACUGAGGUUGAUUUUAAAAAAGAGACCCAUGUCACCAAGAAGGUUGCCAGAUCAUGUGCUGAUGCUGGCUUUUGCAAUGCUAACUUGUCCUUUAACUUCAAAUAUGCAAGCUGGAAGAUAAGAACCGGGUGUGACAAUGAAGAGCCUGCAGUAAAUAAGGAGGCCAAUGACAAUGAUCUUGAGUGUAUGGGCUGCAUUGCAGUACCAUCACUGUGCAAGAAGACUGUCCAGUGCCGAGGAGAUGAGCACAUGUGCAUCAAAGUCGUUGAACGGGUGGCAGGAAACAUUAUGGUGAGUAAAGGGUGUGCCACCAAGAGUGUCUGCAAGCAAGGUGUGAAUAUCUCGGACGUUCUGGGGCCGGUUCUGCGGGGGAAGGUGUACUGCUGCCAGGGGAACCUCUGUAACGGGGGGAGCCGGCAGAGCGCCAUCAUUCCUCUGCUGCUUUUCCCUCUGCUGGUGUUUCCACUGCUGGUGUUUCAGGUCUUUGCUUGAAAUGCUUGGGAUGCUUGGGAUGCCACCCUGUGCAUCGCAAAUUAUGUUGCACUUGUACGUCGCUCUGGAUAAGAGCGUCUGCUAAAUGCCACGUAAUGUAAUGUAAUGUUCCCGUAACGCAAGCAACCUGCCUGUCAAACUCAAUGCUUUGACAUUAGAGAACAUUAGAGAAGUUUUUUAUUAAAAUAUUUUAUUCAGGAGAAUAUAAUGGGGCCUCAUUUAAACCUCUGCUGAGAAUACAUACUAAAUGUUUGCGUACAUAGAAAUGAGGAAAUGUACGUACUCCAAAUUUAUAAAUUUCCUUUUAUAAAUCCCAAAUCAACUUGGAAUUGUCCGUAAGUGCACGAGCCCAACACACCGUUUAGUUCACUCCCACAAUUACCCAUAAAUUGUUAAAGAAACGCCCUUAAUUAAUAUUGAUAAGCAUAGAAAUGUCCUUGAUAAUCCCUAUGUAGGCUAUGUCUGUGAAUGCCAAUGUCAGAGCGCAAAGCUAAGAAGAGAAAUUUAGAAAGAUAAAUAAGAAAGAUAAUUUGGACAUUGAUCGAAUUGAUUCACAAAAUUCAGCAAAUUUGUCCUCGUUUAAACGUUCAUUUGCUAAUCUAUAACCGACUAUUUUUUCUGAAGUUGGUAAGCUUUGUUUAAAAUAAAUGCGCAUUCACCACCAGCCGUAUCAUUGCGGUUUAUGCAAAAUUGCUAUUUCAGGGGGAUACGAAUGCAAACACCACAGGGAAUUGAAUGCUACAGUACCAAAGAAUGUCUGUUUUAAAUCUGUAGCACUUGCUUCACUUCUGGCUUAUUGUAUGGCGUUUUUUCAUCCGUGUUUAUUUGUUGACGCGUGAAUUCACUCUACCGGCAAACUGAACAUAGCUUUCCACUAUGCGGUAUCUACAUAAAAAUAUACCAUGUUAAUAUACCAUUUACCAUGUUAAUCUCACAACCACGAUUGUCCCUCGCCAUAUAAAAAGCACUGGCAAAAUUUACCGUUACAUAAAAAUAAAUGGGAAGACCAAUUAAAACAUGAAUUCUUAUUUUAACCAAUCCGUUAAAAAAAAAAAAAAGACAUGCAAUCGACCAGCAUGGCUGGACGUAAACUACAGGGAUUUAACUAGCCUACAGAUUGCUGUAAAUGCGAGGUUACACUGCAUGAUGAUCAGUCUGGCCAUUCUCCUCUGACAUCUCUCAUUAACAAGGUGUUUCUUGAUGCCUUUUCCCCCAUUCUGAUGGUUGGUGAACAUUAACUGAAGCUCCUGACCCAUAUCUACAUGAUUUUAUGCAUUGCACUGCUGCCACACAGUUGGCUGAAACUGCCAUAAAUAACUAGGUAUAAUAAAGUAAAAAUUACAUUACAUUACAAAAAUGUUCCCAAUAAAGUGCUCGGUGAGUCGCUAUUUCCCUCUGCCUCCAUAAUGUGCAUCCGCAUGGGUCAAAGUUUCUGUAAAUGUACGCCAAUUUCCUCAUCAAGUUUUUUUUUUUUAAUAAAUCCUAAUUUAUGCUUAGAAAGUGGCAUACGCACAUUUCAAGCCCUUUUUUGUGUGUAUGCAAUGGUUAUAAAUGAGGCCCCUGGACUGAUGCCUUAAAUUGUAGUUACCCCGCAGGCCGAUACUAGUGUCAUUCAGCCAGUGUUUAGCAAAAUUGGCACUCCAGCGGUCCGCAAGCGGCAGACUGACUGGCUGUCAGGCAUUUCUUUCUCAGCUGAUGGUCACCUCAACUAUCUAGCCACCAUUGUUGCAUAAGAAUGCUGUUGUGCUUGUCACUCAAAUUACAGUCCUUGAGACCUGAGAACUGCUUGUUUUCCACUUUUCCUUGACCUGGGAGUCAGGUAUGAAGACACAUAAUUGUUCAGAAGCACUUAAUUGUUCAGUUAAUUACCUGGGCAAAAAGAAAAGCAGGGCUGGAUUUGGAUUUGGAUAUGGUCAUAAUUAUGUAUUUGCACAUGUCAUACAUUCGUGUAAUGUGCCUGUCCAGAUUUCAAGAACUCACACCAACCCGUGUCUUUUUUUUUUUGGUCUCACAACGUAUCAUUUUAGCUAUGCCUCAGGUAGAACUGUAAUGGGAAAAAAUGUUAUGAAGACUCAAGAUUUUGGCCACAUUUUCUUUUCAGUGACAAUUGUCAGUGAAAAUUAUCAACAUUAAAAACCACCAAAAACAAUCCUCUGUGCUCUAGGCUGAAUAUUUUGUUGUUUGACUGAAAUAAUACACAGGUAUAUGAGUUUCUAUGUUGUGCUUAAAAAUUAAUGUAAUCAUACUCCCCAAGUGGUGUUGCCUGGUCUUCAGUCUGUAUAAAAGAAAGUAUGUUCACAACACUGCAUAUUUAAAGGAAUACGGAAUACUCCAACAUUUUGGGUAAUCAAAUAUCUCGUGUUAAGUCUGGGUAAGUCGGAAAAAGGGUAUCUUUCUCAAAAUGUUGGUGUAUUCCUUUAAAAAAUCAACUUUAAAUAUGUUAAUAUCCUGCAAAAAUCCUGCAUCAGUUAUCAGAGUACUAUCUAUCAGAGUAAAAUGUAUUCUAUCAGAGUUAAGUGAACACUGAAUGUUUUUGCUGUGUGAUGACAAAAUGCUAUGCAGUGUAUAGGCUGCUUAAAAACAGGUUUAGUGAGAUGGUUGAAUACUAAGACUUCCUUAUGGUUUUUACUGUUACAGUGACUGUCAAAUAAGUGUAAAAUAUGUAUGUGCCGUUUGUCUCAGUUGUUCUUUCCUGUUAGCUGUGCAAUAAAUACAUGCCUAUUAAAGCCUGUAGCGAAAAGA